CAAAUUUCAGUUUCCAAGUACUGUCAAGAAUUCGCAAUUGUAAGCAAACUGUUUCAGACGAGAAAAGCUUAGCUUUUCAAUUUUUUGUUGCACAACUUGUGUUUGCGUUGUUUGUUUGUGAUAGUUUUUCUUUUAAAAAAUGGGUGUUCCUAAGUUUUUUAGAUAUAUAAGCGAAAGGUAUCCGUGCCUUUCCGAAAUAGUAAAAGAAUACCAGAUUCCAGAAUUCGAUAAUUUAUAUCUGGACAUGAACGGCAUUAUACAUAUGUGUUCGCAUCCCGAUGAUGCCGACCCGCACUUUCGUAUAAGCGAGGAGAAAAUUUUCACCGACAUUUUUCAUUAUAUCGAAGUAUUAUUUAGAAUGAUUAAACCUCGUAAGUUAUUCUUUAUGGCUGUCGAUGGUGUGGCGCCGAGGGCCAAAAUGAACCAACAACGUGGUCGCCGGUUCCGUUCCGCCAAGGAAGCUCAGACUUCCGAAGCAAAGGCGCUUGAACGUGGUGAAGUUUUACCCACCGAAGCGAGGUUCGAUUCGAAUUGUAUCACUCCCGGAACCGUUUUCAUGGCUAACUUACAUGAACAAUUAAAGUAUUUCAUUGUUAAUAAAAUAUCUACGGACGCAUUGUGGAGGAACUGUAAAAUUAUCCUGUCAGGACAUGAGACUCCUGGCGAGGGUGAGCACAAGAUAAUGGAUUAUAUCAGGUAUAUGCGAGCACAACCCGGAUAUGAUCCAAACACUAGGCAUUGCUUAUAUGGUUUAGAUGCCGAUUUGAUUAUGUUAGGUUUGUGUACUCACGAACCGCAUUUUUCUUUGCUUAGGGAGGAGGUUCGCUUUGGCAAGAAGUCGAAUAAGAGGAAAAAUAUUCCCGAGCAAAUUACAUUUUAUUUGUUACAUCUUUCUUUAAUGAGAGAAUAUUUAGAAUUGGAGUUUCUUCCAUUAAAAAGUAGUUUAAAGUUUGAAUAUGACAUGGAGAAGAUCAUUGACGAUUGGGUGCUAAUGGGUUUUUUGGUGGGAAAUGACUUCAUACCACAUCUCCCGAACAUGCACAUCGACGGCGGCGCCUUACCAGUUUUGUAUAGGGCGUACAUGAAGGUCCUACCGCAGCUAGGCGGUUACAUUAACGAAGCCGGUACUCUAAACCUAUCUAGGUUUGAAAUUUUUAUUAAAGAGUUAGGCAAUAUCGACAUUAAGAAUUUUUCUGACAAAUACGCUGAUCUCAAGUGGUUCGAAGCAAAAAGGCUGGAGGGCAAGAAAAUAGUUGAGGAAAACGGACAUGUGGAAAAUGGUAAGAAAGGAGAAUCAGAUUAUUUGCUUGAUUUAGAAUCUGCGAAAAAAGAUAUCAUCAAAUGUAUGCAAAGGCUGAAAUGUGAACCCCAAAGCCCCCAAGAUGUGGAAGAGGAAUCUGAUUUAAUUAAUAGCGAAUUGGAUCACAAUGAAUUUGAUGUACUAAUUAGUGAAUCAGAAUCGCAGAGUGAAGAAGAUGACGAACUUUUUCAAGCAGAAUUUAUUCAACAUAAGACUGAUUAUUAUAUGAAUAAGUUAGAAUAUGAAAAUGUAAAUGAGGAAGUAUUGAAGUCUCAAACGAAAGAAUAUAUACGGGCAAUUCAAUGGAAUCUCCAUUAUUAUUACAAUGGAGUCUGUUCAUGGUCGUGGUAUUAUCCUCACCAUUAUGCGCCCUACAUUUCGGACAUAAAGGAUUUUGCAGACCUAAAAUUCGAAUUUGAACUUGGCAAGCCGUUCCAACCAUAUGAACAGUUAUUAGCUGUAUUGCCAGCGGCUAGUAGAGUCCUUCUCCCGCUACCUUACCAAAAACUAAUGACUGAAGAUGAUUCCCUAAUUAAAAUGUACUAUCCCGAAGAGUUUAAGACGGACUUAAACGGAAAACGAAUGGAGUGGGAGGCCGUUGUCCUCAUACCUUUCAUAGAAGAGGAGCUGCUAUUGCAAGCAAUGGAAUCGUGUAAUUUAGAAUUGACAGGAGAGGAGGUCGAACGAAAUACGCACGGCCCGAUGUUAGUCUAUCGAUAUACCCCUGAAAACAUGCAACAAUACAAUGCGCCGAAGUAUUUCCCAACCAUAACUGCUUCGCACGCCAAGUGCGAGACCGUUAACAUUAGUGAUAUACGAGUUCCAAUAGAGAAUCUAGUCAAGGGAGCGUAUCCCGGCGCAAAGUUCGAUGUAUAUUAUCCCGGAUUUCCGACGUUGAAACAUUUAGAAUAUACCGCAUCACUCAAAAAAGCAAAGGUACGCGUAUUCGAACAGCCGAGUAGGUACGAAAGUAUGAUUUUGCAAAUAACGCAACCUGACGAUGAACUACCGCAACCUGACGCUUUUGCGAAAGAUUUACUGGGGACAAGUGUACAUGUCGGAUGGCCUCAUUUAGUGGAGGCUCUGGCGGUGGGUAUUUCCACAAAUGACUUUAAAUAUCACAGCACUGGUCAGAUCGGUCAGUACAAUGUCGUCGAUAACAAAUCUCCUGUAACCGGAUCGUGGAAAUCGGAAAGGAACGCCAUAGUGGAACAUUACCAAAAUCGGCUCGGUAUCAAUGUCGGCAAAACAGAAAUGUUGGUACACGUUAAACUGUUGACUGGCAGGAAAUACAUAUUCAAGAACAAUAAGUGUAUCGCGUUAGAAAAACAAUGGACCAAUGUAGCUAGCGCUUAUCCGUUACAAACUGUUGUCCACAACAUUAGAGUUUACGAGGAAAAGUUCGCGUCCUACAACAAUAUCGAAGAUCUUUUUCCUGUCGGUUCACAGUGUUUUAUGCUGGGUCAUCCCUGUUACGGUGCUCUUGGUGAGGUUAUAGACAGCACUGAGACUCUGAAAAAUGGUAGAAUAAAACUUUGUAUGAAAAAGCAGGAGGAGCCGGACCUUUCACCAGUAAGGCAUUUAGACCAUAACAUAGCUGUACGAUUCAUGAACAUUCACAUGGCGUCGACAAAAUUAGCUAUAUCGAAGAAUUUAUUCGGACGAAUCACGGGAACUAUCUUUUUAAUACCGCAAAAAUCUCCCGAUCUUGACUUAUACGACGUUCCUCGGACUAACAUCGGUCUUAACCUAAAAUUUAAUAAAAGGAACGAAGAGAUUCCGGGAUAUACGCGCAAGGACGGUAACGUGUGGUAUUAUUCUGAGAAGGCCGUUGAACUUGUCGGCGAAUAUAUGGCGCGAUUUCCUAAGGUUUUCGAAUAUUUGAACUUUCACGCCGGAAAGGACGUUUACGAGGAACACAAAAUGUUCCCGACUGGAGAUGUGAAGGAACAAAUACGUGAAAUUACCACUUGGAUCAAACAGCAACCGUAUUAUUCUAUUGAAAGACAAGUGACCGGUAGUUCUAUUAUUGAUCCAGAAGCAGUAAAAUUGCUAGAGAAGGUUGUGGACCAGUUUGCUGUGACAAACACUAACUCGAAACAAAUUGUAAUGCAAGUGAAACCGCAUUUAUUGUAUAAGCAUUCAUUACAAGUGGGAUAUUUGGCACCCGACCCUGCAACAACGUAUGAACUGUAUGAUCGAGUCAUAAAUGUUAGAGAGGGCUUCACAGUUCCGAUGGGAUAUAAAGGAACAAUUACUGCCAUACAUAAGCCAAAUGGAAAUGACGCAUCUGAGGGGACUUUUGACGUAGUAUUUGAUAAGCCAUUCGCUGGCGGCCUGUCAAUAAAUGGUUCCUCAAAUCGAGCAUAUCAAAUGACUAAACCAUCUAUUAUCAACAUCUCUUACGGCUUACGAGUGUUUGAGGAAAAAUCUGGAAAACCAGGGCAAUUGCAGAACAUGCAGAACCAACAUACCCGAAAUGAUGUUCACAAUAACAUGAAUUUUAAACCAAAUCAAUUUAACCAGCCGCCUGCUUUCGGACAAUGGUUUCCGAAUAACAAUAAUUACUAUCCUCACCCACCCGCACAUGCGCCAAUAACACCUUUCAAUCCCAACCCUAAUUUCAGUGCGCCUCCAAAUUUCCCUCCCACAUACAAUCCGACCUAUAAUCAAACGGGGCACUCGUUUGUUCCCUACAAAACUCAUUUUGCUCUUAGUCCUGGUCCUCCACAAUACUUCCCGCCAGGUCCAAUGCCAGCGCCCGAACCGAAACUGAACGAAAGAAGAGAUAAUUAUCCAGUUCAUAAGGCGAACAUGUCACCUGAUAAAAAUAAAGUGAUGUUGCGACCAGAAUUUUGGCAACCGCCACCUCGCAACACGCCACAAAGUUCAGCAAGGAAUGAGAAAAAAUUAGUACUUACUCCAGAUGAUGUUUUUGCUCAUGCAAGAGCCACCCAGCAAAAUAUUGCUAAACAAUCCGUGGGCGAAAGUGUGCCUACCGCAGACACAACUCCAAAUCUGUUAUACAACACCGCAAAAGUCUCAAAAGAAUUUCAAAUUCGUGGUUUGGGUUGCCCCAAUUACCAGUACUUCGCACUAAAGGACGGUAAUUUCGUGGCAAGCCUUACAAUGGCAAACGGAGAUGUGCUGGUCGGAAAACCUGCCAAAUCCAAAGAUCAAGCAGCUGAGAACACGGCUGUUGAAGCUUUAACAACUUUAUAUAAGGAUGAGAAAGUCAAUUCUUCAUUGCCCCAAAUGGUGCCACCUAAGCCUCCAAUGAGGUGGCAGAAUCCUCCUUAUAAUAAUCAAGGAAGUCCUCAGAAACAAUGGGCGAAACCCCAAGAGAGACAACACACAGAAAACUGGAGGACCGAGAGACAUGAUAAUUCGAAAAAUUAUGUACCGGCGGAUACGUGGAGACAGCCUGGCAACCAACAACAGACACAGUCACGAACACGAGUUAAUGCGGAUGCCAUCCAUAGGUACCUUCACAACGAUGCAGAAAUGCAAAGCAAAACACAUAAUACAAUGCCAGGCAAUGCUCCAUUUAUACCUUUGCAAGCAGUUCGUCAACAAAGAAGUAGGACCACCUCAAGUACAACUGAAACAGUUUUGAAGGAAAAUACAAACGCUAAUUUUCCACCACAAAAGCAAGAAGUAAAUGUUCCUACGGCCCAGUUAGUGACAGAUUUGUCACCCACUGUGGAGACAGUGAAACCGAAACGCGAAAGAAAGAUGAGAAUUGCCGCAAACUUUCAAAUGGCAUCUGAGUGAAGUGAUUAACCAUUUUUUUAUGUUCUAUUUGUAAUUCGUCAAUUAAGUCUCAUAAUUAAUAUUUUCGUUUUUAUUUUACCACAUGUAAUAUAAAAGUUUAUUUUGAUAAAAAUGUCAAAGUUUAAAUACUAAAAUUACAUUAUGAAAACAUU